AUGGCUCCGCGGCGCCGGGGAGGACGCCGGCCGCCGCCGCCCGGCUCCGGGAAAGGCGUCGCGCCGCCGCCCGCCUCGGGAACGCGCUUAUUUCCCACGCAGCUUCACGAUAUCGAAGAAGCAGCCGGGUUGGGAAGGAAACAUAUCCAGACGGGAAGCGACGGCUGUCACUCGCGGCAGCCCCUCACGCCGCCCGGCUCCAAGGGCCGCGGGCGCAGAGCCGGCCGCCGCCCGGCGGAGGGCCCCGCCGUCUUCACGCGCCCAGGGACGAGACCGGCUGCGCUCCGUGCGCGGGGGCUACGGCCGCCCCCCGGCCCAUCCGCCCGCCGCCAGCCGGCUCCGCAGCCCGGCCCCCGCGGCGACGCCACCCCCGGCCGCCCUGACGGAGGUGGGGCGCGGGGCGGCGGGAGCGAGGCCCCUCCUCGGUGGCCCCGGCGCCCGGCCGCGUUCCGCGGAGGUUCUUCCCCUGCGCCGGAGAACGGCUCUUCUCCUCCUCUUCCUUCUCCUCAGCGCUCCGCGAGCCGCCUCAGCACCGGCCCGGCCGGCCUCUCUCAGCUUCGAGCGGGGCCGGGCGCGGCCGUGCCCGCGGGGCGGGGAGCGGCUCGGUCCCUCCGCGCCGCCAGCGCCUUCCCCGACGCCGGGCUGACCAGCGAGGGGCGGUCCCGCGCCGCCUCCUUCCCGUGCCCUCCGCCGGCCGAGGGCCGCAGAGCCCGCCGCGGCUCGCGCCCCCUCCCGCCCGUCGACACUGACGGCCGCGCCUCGCGCCAGACACAAAGGGGACUUCGCUCCAACCGCCGGCCCGGGGCGCCGCGCGCCACCCCUCGCGCCCCGCCCCCGCCGCGCCCCUGA